AUGGCCGCUAGAAAACAGAUGAAGAAAAAACACGUGGAUGAAGCGUCUGAUAAAGCAAAGUUAUUCGAUUUUGCUGAAGAAGACGAGGCCAAGAAGGAAUUGAGUGGUUCAGAAGAGGAGAACAGGAGAGAGGAUGAAACUCCUGCUGUGGAUAAAAAACGAGCCAAAAAACGUCCUUCAGAAGAUUUUGAUGAAGAGGAGGAAGCUGGCCCAAUGGGAAAUGAAGUCAUAUCCAUGAUUGAGAAGUUUGGUGCCGACAUCAGUAAGUCUGUUCAGGCCAAGAAGAAACGCCUCGAGGCUUUGACCAAAAACUACAUGAAGGGAAGUCAGCAGAAACUGGAGCAGCUCUGGAACAACUACCAUUCUCAAAGGCAGAAGAUGACGGCGCAGUACUCGCAGCAGUUCUCGGCGGCGCUGCAGCAGUGGGAGACGGAGGCGCACAGGGCGGACGAGCAGGAGGAGCGCCUCAAUAAUCUGUUGAGGCAGCAGCAGAAAGUUUUGCAGCAAGCCCGAGUCGUACAAAACCAGAAGUUGAAGACCGUCAGAGAAUUGUAUGAGCAAUUUGUAAAGAACAUGGAGGAGAUGGAGAAGAGCCAUGAGACGUUCCUGCAGGGGGCGCAACAGGAGCUGAGGAAAGAGAUGGCCUCACUGCAGAAGAAGAUCCUCAUGGACACACAACAGCAGGAGAUGGCCACCGUUCGCAAGUCUCUUCAGUCCAUGCUGUUUUAA